CAUUCCCAUACUUUUGGCCUCGUUUUCAAGUGAUAGAGUAUAGACCACUGCCCAACCAACACAACAAACACAUUCUCCUAACUUCUCUUUUUUCUCUCUCUGUUCUCUCUAAUUCAAAUCCCGAUUCAAGCAUAAUACAUUCGUUUCAAGUCUUUACAUUCGUUUCAAGUCUUUCCAGUUAUGGAAAAUCAACAACCUUCCUUCAUAUCAAGAUUCAGACGUGUCUGUGUCUUCUGCGGUAGCAGCCCUGGAAAGAAUCCUAGCUACCAGCUUGCUGCUAUCCAACUUGGCCGGCAACUGGUCGAAAGGAACAUUGACUUGGUUUAUGGAGGAGGAAGCAUUGGUCUGAUGGGUCUGGUCUCCCAAGCUGUUUAUGAUGGUGGCCGCCACGUUUUGGGAGUGAUACCUAAAACUCUCAUGCCAAGAGAGAUAACAGGAGAAACAGUAGGGGAAGUAAGAGCAGUAUCAGGCAUGCACCAGAGAAAAGCAGAAAUGGCUCGUCAAGCUGAUGCAUUUAUAGCCUUGCCUGGUGGCUAUGGAACCUUGGAAGAACUGUUGGAAGUCAUAACCUGGGCUCAGCUUGGAAUCCAUGAUAAACCGGUUGGGCUAUUGAACGUUGAUGGCUACUACAACUCCCUUCUCUCAUUCAUUGACAAAGCUGUUGAUGAAGGCUUCAUUACCCCAGCUGCCCGUCACAUUAUUGUUUCUGCCCAAUCUGCCCAUGAACUCAUGUGCAAGCUUGAGGAAUAUGAACCAAGGCACAAUGGGGUGGCCUCUAAGCUAAGUUGGGAGAUGGAGCAACAAUUGGGUUACACAAUAAAGUCAGAUAUUGUUCGCUGACUUGGUGAUUUUUAUAUGAUAAAAGGAUUGGAUGACCUUAGCUGAUCUUCUAAAAUUUAAUACACACAAGCUAUUUAUAUACGUAGAUGUGAGCUCCACCAAAAAGGAAUGCCACCACAGUUCUUUUAAUCAGCUGUGGAUCAUGCUUUUUUUUUUUUUUUUUAAUUAUUAUAAUUUUUUGGUUAUCUAAUUUUGCUAAUUAGUGUCUUUCUUGGAUAAACAAGGGGAGUUAGUUUUAUUACUAAUUCCAUAGUAUGUUGUCAGUGAUGAUUACUAAUUGUGUAAUUUUGUAUAUUGAUUUUCUAUUAUAUAUUGUAUUGAUAA